GGCAGUCCUUUGGCUGAGCAGCGCCGUAGCGGCGUGGUGUUUGACUCCUUCGCAGGGAUUGAAAGCACCCGGCCCGCGGGGUCGGAAUUCACAGACAUCGCCGGUGUGGGCUCGCCCUGUCAGGGCCUUUCAAGGCUGUCCGUUGUGAACGCG